AUGAAUCCUUCGUCAUCUUUUGGAGUUAGCAGUUCACCAAACAGUAAAAGUCCUUUGAAGCCUCUCUCGGUGGACGACCUGCGUUCUCCUUCACCACAGAGGGAGUUGCGUGGAAACAGGGGAUCUUUUAUUCCAUCUUCAGCGGAAAAGAAGUUCGUUCCUAGUCAUUUGAUGCACUUAACAGCAAGUCAACGCAAAUUCGCCCCAGAUGUUAGCUCACCCUUAAAUGAGUUUUUUGAUUCACAUUCCGGAAUCCGUUCCUCUGCAUCUCCUUCUUCCAAAUUUGGUGGCCCUAGCUUUGGUACACCAAAACCUUUUUUGCGGGCUAACCGUUUGGGAGGAAGUUCUAUCAUUGAAGAUGCCCCUCCUACUCAAUCUAUCUAUGAUUUCCCUUCUUCUCGCCAAAUAAGCACCUCCAAUGUUGAUCAAAUUACUGCUUCACCUCUUUCUUCUCCCUUUGCCGCGAAAACUCAAACUAUUCCUAUGGAGCCAUUAAAGGAAGUUAGCAGAUCUGUCAUUGUUUUUGGCUUUCCACCAGAAAUAACCAAUCAAGUCGUAAAUGAAUUUUCUCGGUUCGGAAAGAUUGUCAAUCAAAACUCUCUUACCGCCUCUAGUGUCUCCAUGCCGAGCUUUAAGAAUGGUCAUGGAAAUUGGCUACAACUUACUUAUGCUGAACCUUCUUCUGCUGUCAAAGCUGUUCAAUCUAAUGGAAUUGUUAUUGGUGGCUCUUUUAUGGUUGGAUGUAUCUAUAAUUCUGAUGAUAAACAGGAUUAUCCACAGGCAACAAAGUUGGACGCUUUGGAUGUUGAAAUGACUGAAGCUGAUACCAAAGGGAUUCCACCUUUAACGACCCAAAUAGAAGCAAAUGCACAAACGGAAGCAACUAUUGGGAAGAGGAUUGUAGUUCAGCAUAAUGAAGAUAUUUUUAAGUCAUCCCAUAAGGACCAUUCUAAAAAUUGGUUGGUACAAAAUCUUUUUGGAAAUACUGCAAACGAUACUGUCGAUGAAGAAGAAAAGUUGGCAAAUAUUUCUGAUAACACAACCAGACAGAGUUCUUUAUUAGGAAAAAGUAUUCAGGUGAUUUUACACACCCUCUUUGGAUUUUAG